AGUCGGAGGGAAGACGGUGCCAACAACUGAUUCUAAAGGACCCAAAGCAGCUAAACAGUAGCUUCAAAAGAACCGGAAUGGAAUCUCAACCUUUCCUGAGUAUGAAAUUUGAAACAGAUUACUUUGUGAAGAUUGUCCCUUUUCCUUCCAUUAAAAAUGAAAGCAAUUACCACCCUUUCUUCUUCAGAACCCGUGCCUGUGACCUGUUGCUACAGCCGGACAACCUGGCCUGUAAGCCCUUCUGGAAGCCUCGGAACCUGAACAUCACUCAGCACGGUUUGGACAUGCAGGUGUCCUUCGAUCACGCGCCACACACCUUUGGCUUCCGUUUCUUCUAUCUUCACUAUAAGCUCAAGCACGAAGGGCCUUUCAAGAGAAAGACCUGUAAACAGGAGCAAAAUACAGAGACAACCAGCUGCCUCCUUCAAAAUGUUUCUCCUGGGGAUUAUAUAAUUGAGCUGGUGGAUGACACUAAUACAACAAGAAAAGUGAUGCAUUAUGUCUUAAAGCCAGCGCAUUCCCCGUGGGCGGGGCCCAUCAGGGCUGUUGCCAUCACUGUGCCACUGGUUGUCAUCUCGGCAUUUGCGACCCUCUUCACCGUGAUGUGCCGCAAGAAACAACAAGAUGAAGAGAGUUCUGAGUCCUCCUCGUACACCACGGUGCUCCCCAGGGAGAGGCUCCGGCCGAGGCCGAAGGUCUUCCUCUGCUAUUCCAGCAAAGAUGGCCAGAAUCACAUGAACGUUGUCCGGUGUUUUGCCUACUUCCUCCAGGACUUCUGUGGCUGUGAGGUGGCUCUGGACCUGUGGGAGGACUUCAGCCUCUGCAGAGAAGGGCAGAGAGAAUGGGUCAUCCAGAAGAUCCACGAGUCCCAAUUCAUCAUCGUGGUGUGUUCCAAAGGCAUGAAGUACUUUGUGGACAAGAAGAGCUACAAGCACAAGGGCAGUGGCCGGGGCUCGGGGAAAGGGGAGCUCUUCCUGGUGGCCAUGUCGGCCAUCGCUGAAAAGCUCCGCCAGGCCAAGCAGAGCUCCUCAGCCCAGCUCAGCAAGUUCAUCGCCGUUUACUUCGAUUAUUCCUGUGAGGGCGAUGUUCCCGGCAUCCUGGACCUGAGCACCAAGUACAAGCUCAUGGACAACCUUCCCCAGCUCUGUUCCCACCUGCACUCCCGAGACCACGGCCUCCCGGAGCCGGGGCAGUACCCCGGACAGGUGAGCAGAAGGAACUACUUUCGCAGCAAGUCCGGCCGGUCCCUUUAUGUCGCCAUAUGCAACAUGCACCAGUUUAUCGAUGAGGAGCCCGACUGGUUUGAGAAGCAGUUCGUCCCCCUCCGUCCUCCCCCCCUCCACUCCCGGGAGCCAGUGUUGGAGAAGUUUGACUCGGGCUUGGUGUUAAAUGAUGUCAUGUGCAAACCAGGGCCCGACGGCGAUUUCUGCCUCAAGGCUGAGGCUGCGGUCCCCGGGGUGCUGGCCGACUCGCCCUUGGAGGGCCCACACUUGGGCCUGGACCAAGAUGCGGAGGCGGGGCCCGGGCCGGGGGGCGGCUCGGUCCUGCGGCCACUGCUGCACCCCGGGAAAGCCGCCAGCCCCUCAGACAUGCCUCGAGACUCGGGCAUCUACGACUCGUCCGUGCCCUCCUCGGAGCUGUCCCUGCCCCUAAUGGAAGGACUCUCGGCAGAUCAGACAGAAACAUCUUCGCUGACAGAGAGCGUGUCGUCCUCCUCUGGCCUGGGUGAGGAGGAUCCUCCUGCCUUCCCUUCCAAGCUCCUCGCCUCUGGGGCGUGCAAAGCAGAACCUGGUUGCUGCAGCUACACUGGUGAACUCCACGUGGUUGCCCCUUUGUAACAAAAUGGAAGAAGAGUCUAAGCAUUGCCACUUUAGCUGCUGCCUCUCUCUGGUCCCCCAGCUCUUCUCUCUGGUUGCGCAGUCCACUUGGAGCUGAGGUCUCCGACAAGGAUAUUUGGAGUGAAAUUUGGGCCAGUACUUGCUCUCCUUGCCGCAUCCCUCUACCUGCUAUCUUGGCAAAGUCUCCAAUUUUCUAAAAUCAUAUGGAUAUCUCUGAAAGGCAUAUCCAUAAGGUCGGACAGCAGCUUGUCCUGUUAGGUCAGACCUUGGAUUAGAGCCAGUUCUGGGAGGUAGGGAGGAAACAUGCACAGAGAAACAGGAACAUACCUGCACUGAUCACUCAGAUUUUAUUUAUCUCUGCAAACUUUGCCUGUUUGCUGUUGGCUACUUUGAUGUGAAAUGCUUUGUGGGAGAAGCACUUUUAGUACCAUUCUAGCUACAGAAACCAAGUGCCAGUCUAUCUGGAAUCCAUGUUGUUACGGAUGAUGUUCUUGUCUGGUUUUGGUGUAGAAUUUACAGUGCUAUGGAUGUCAGAAAAGCUCCGAGUCAAAGGUCAAGAAGGGAACUGAGUAUAUGACCACCUUUCAUAAAAUGAGUCUUUACAUAUUAGGGGGCGCCGUGGCUGCCUGAGGUGGGGGCUGCGGGGUCAGGCUGACCAUCUUGACAGUUUUUUCUGACAUAGGUUGGUCAUCGUGCAGAAAGCACCAAAACUCAGAGCAUGGGACCGCCUCUCGGUCUGAGUAGGCAUCAUGUGGGGGCCAGAUCUGCCUGCCAAGUUUCCCUGGGUUCCAUUUACUGUGCAGUAUCUCAGAUGUUGCUGCCUGGAAGUUUAUUUUUAAAAGACGAAUACCCAACUGGGCUGUCUUACUGGAAGCUGGAGUUCAUGCUUCAGUGGGCUUCUGAUCUAAAGCUGUGUCCAGGAUAGUAGGGACCAGGACCGACUGAAAUAUGGCUGUGUUUGCAGGUGGCGGCCGCUUACUUUGCUGAACUGCUUUCGACUAAUGAUAAGCCUCAUUUUAAGAAGGUGAGAAGGAGGGAACUGUCACAAAGAUGAGUGUGCUCUUCUAAUAGCAUCUGAAGAAGACAGGAGACCUGAAGUCAUUGAAUUCUUGAAUCUUAAAGUACUCCCCGCCCCCACCCUACCCCCCAACAACCCAGCCUGUGAAUCAUGUUUCACUGUGUGUUUCUGUUGUACUUACCCAGUGAAAGAUUUGUCUCUUGUGCUCUCUCCUACCAAAAAUAGCUAUUAAGAGCUUAGGGAGAAAGAAUUUGCUUUAAGAAGGAAAAGUAAAUGUUUUGUUUCUGUGAAUGAUGUUUCUACAGAAUUUCUGUUUCCAAAAGGGAAAACAGUUGUUCAAAUCCUGUUGGUCUAUUAGGUGUGUGGGUAAUGAUGCCUUGGUCUUCCCUGUGGAAACCCUUCUCCCCAUGUCCUUGAGGGGUUGUGAGCAUCCUUCUCCACCUUUUUCAUGGGUGCUAUUGGAUUUGGGCACCCUGCUUUUACUCAGCACUCACACAGGGGACCCCGGGUUUUAUUCCUUUAGCAGAUAGGACCAAUAUCAAGGGAGAUACUGAGGAACAUCUCAAGGAGGGGUGGGAGGUGGAACGGGGCAUGACUUUUCCAUCUAAGCACAUGCUUGGCAGGUGGGGAAGGGAAGAUUUGCAGCCUUGCUGGAAAGAAGAGAUGUGUGUGUAUUUUUGAUGCAAAUGCCACACUCCAUGUUCUGGAAAGGCAGCUGACGGCUUCUUGGGAGAAGAACGUGCUUGUCUGUUCUCCGGCAUCGAGUUUCCUGCAGCUGCUCUGAAGGGGAGACAAGUGAGCUGCAGAACUGUCUCCCCCAUGAAACCAGGCAUCUUGUUGGAGAAGAGAUGUUCCAUGUCACUGUGGAAUCUGGGACACGUGCAGAGCUUCUGCCCCCACGUGACUGUCCUGCCAUUCUGCCUUCAGGAUAAGUUCUGCAAUGGAGAUUGGUCAGUCCAAAUUACUGACAUGAAAAUUCAUUUGGAACAUUAUCGGAGAGAUUGAGGCCAAGAAAUGGUGCAUGCUCCAAAGGAACCACUAGGAGCUACUUUUAGGAUAUUCAGCUUUGCACAUAAAAUGAGGCAUCUGUGAGAAAGCGAGCCCCGGCAUAGCAUGGAGGACUGGGGGGUGGGGGGAGCAUUGGCUGAGCUCCACGAGCGUGAGCAGAGAGCUUGCUAAAUGAACUUACUUCAUAUGAAAAUGCAAGGGGAAAAAUGUGGUAGACCAAAAAUCAGGUAAAGUUUUAGUUUGGAUUUAGGGUUUGGAUACCUGUUUUUAAGUACUAAUGUUUCUUAUGUUCAACACAAUCAGAAUCUAACAUUCCAAGUAGCAAAACCAUAGUAUGAAUGCCUAAGUCAGACUAAGUUGAGAUGUCCCAACUUGGUGGUUUUGCCUUAUUAGUUUCUCUUCUUCUUCUUCUUUUUAAACCCUCUCCAUCUCGUGCUGGGAAUGAGAACAGUUGCCUUGCAGAUUAAGGCAAAACAUCUGUUUUAAGCAGAGCUGCAUUCUUUGACUGACAUUGUCCCAGAUAAGGGAAAUGAUAAGACAGAAUUCAGAUAAAAGUUCUGCCAAAUCACAGGCUUUUAGAAAUUGGGGCUACAAGAAUUAGAAUAUAGGGAUGGUCUCCAUGAAAAGCCGUGAUCCUGAGAACAAGAGGAUUGUGUGGCUAAGAUAGCCGGUGUCCUCUGAGCAGGAGACCGGAGGUAGGUGCAAGGAACCAGGUAAGCAAGUCUUGAAAGGGAGUUGAAGGUAGGGAGCUAGUCAUUCCUCUUAACUCACCAGUACCCUACAGAAAGGACUUAGCAUCGGACAUAGUUAGCUUUGCAAGAGGGGGAGGGAUCAGGGAGCUGGAAGCCCAGGUAAGUAAAGGUGUGCUUUUCUACCAGAGGUUGGCUCCAGGCAACAAGAACCACCUGGACAGACCCAGCCCAGCCACACAAUGGGGGCAGAAUGUCCUCCAGAGGGCCAAAUCCUGGGCCUUGAGGCACAUUGGUCUCCAGAAAGAAUCGGAAGUUAUUGAGGUCCAGGCCCAGGGUUGGGUGACCAGCUAGGUAAUAGCAUUUUGAGCCAAAAAUGAGAUGGGGCCUUAAAGUCAUGAGACAGGCUUUGGCUGACACAUUAGUAAUAACUGAAGACAGUCCCAGAGCACAAGUUCAAAAAAUGUCUUUAGCAGCUAUGACAUCAUUGGAAUCAAUGUGUAGUAAUUUAAGUUCAUGUAUGUUUGUGUAUCAGAGUUCAGUCUUGCUACUUCAUUGCUGCUAAUGUCUUUUUCUUUCUUUCUUUUUAAACCAACCCCUCAUCUCAGGUUCCCUGACUUAAGCACAGAUAAACAGGAAGACUGUCCCUCCAAAAAUGUGGAGUUACAUGAUUUUCAGAACUUGCCCUUUUUUCAGAAUUGAGCAACUUUUAAAAGAAACAAAGGAAGAAAAAAGCUAAGAAAUGAUACACCCUCCUCUUAAAGAAAACCCCAUGAUCCCCAAUAGCCUCAGCACUAAUUUGGCUCUUUUAGGGGAGAAUUAUUCUUUGUGUCCUUAUUGGAGAGAGGUGGACAAUACCAAUGUGAAGGUUAUUAGCCUUUUCUGUUUUCUGUUGUUUGUGAAGACUGCUGUUCUUAGAGCAGAUGUCUGUAGGGGGUACCAGUGCAACAGGCCAGGAGUAAUGAUAAAUAAGGUGUGAUAAAUGGCAACCACCUGCCUUCUCAGUGUCCGAGAGACCAUAGGGCCUGGUGGUGACUGUGGCAAACUGAAGUGCUUCCUGUCCCACCUGUAGGAAGGCAGCUCUUCCAGUCAGUUGUGGACAUGUAGUGUUUACUGAUUUUUCCAUUUUUCAAGAGAAGCUGAGAAUAUGGAUUUUUUU